AUGCCUGACCUAGUCUCGGGACCAGCUGCCCGCACUCCGACCAAAGUACCUAAUCCAAAUAUUAAAGAGAGCAGUAAAGCCAUGAAAAACCUCCCCCUCCCGCCUCAGCACCUCCAGCACCUGCAAGUCCUCUCCCACGAGAUCUCAAAUCUCCAUAGAACAAAAGCCUCCCUCCCUUCCACGCAUCCGGUGCUAGAAGAAGAUUUUGACCCAGAUAUAGUAAUAAAACCAAUAUUGAGUACAUACUACCACCAACUCUCUAAACUGUUUGAUGGAAGGGAACAUUCAAAUAUAUGGAUCGGGUUUCAUAGUGCACUGUUAAAAGUUUGGGAAUGGGGGGAUGUAGAGAUGGCAGUUGAUGGCUUUUGGGACACUGUCGAGGAGUAUUUCGCAGUGAAGAAGGAGAAUAGAAUAAUUACCACUAAUAGUAAACCAAAGUCGAAGGAGAGUGCGCGUAUGUCAGAAGUAGUCUCGUAUCCGGUGUCAGAAGGUCACGUAUAUCGUGAAUGA